CCUCCACUGGUCCGCCGCUGCAGCUCUUUAACUUUUUUUUGGCGCCAAAACAUCGGCGACGCGGCCCCGUGAGGGAACGCGAACUCGUCCGUCCGUCCCCCCCCCCCCCACAAUCCUCCUGCUCAUCAUCAUCAUCCCGAGUCCCGCCACGAUCUCUGCGGAGACAAUGGAGAGACGCCGUCGUGGUUAUAAAGACGCUGAUGACAAAAAUCACACCGCCAGCAUGGAUUCUGCAGAAACUAAAAAGAUGAAAAUAUCGACGGAAGAAAAAGAAAAGUUGAAGCAGAGGCUGGCGUUGUUGAAGAAGCAAUAUGUAAAAGUACAGCAGAAACUGGAGAGAGUGGAGAAGAUUGACAGAGUUCGCUCGCAUGUCAGGAGGACCAUUGCAGAGCAAAACCAUCUGCUUCUGGAAGGGAACCGUGAGGAACACGGACUGGAUGAUGGGAAUGAUCAUAUUUACAAUGAAAACCAAAUUUCAGCUGCUGUUGGUUUUCCAAAAAAGUACCAAGAAAAGGUGGCAACUGUCAAUUUCAAAUCACAGCCCAAAGUGAUCACGUUGCAUUACAUCCCGGAGAGUGGUGCCAGGAAAGUGUCUGAGCCAUUGACAGAGCCAAGGCUUGAAACUGUCUUGGGUGAGGCAAACACAGAUUCGUAUUUUCAGUCUGAAGCAAGAACUGGCCGUGAAUUGGGAAAUGUAACCCAAUGCGACCAACAGACAAAUACGGAUGAAAGAAAUGUGAGAAUAAGCAAAGCACUUACCGAACAAAGGACCACAGAUGGGACAUGUAGUAGUGAAGUUGAACAUGGAUGGACACAGAGGAGUCAAAAGCAAGGUAACUCUUGCAGAAUACAGGCCCCGCAAGGAAGCAAACAUGACAGCCCUAAGAGUUCUACUUCUUCGGAGAUAAGCAAUGGGGUUCUGGAGAGCGGAAAAAUUUAUUUACAAAAAAAGUUUUAUACAAAACAAACCAUGUCAGAUUUUCCUUGUGUUGCUAAGAGCUCACAGCAUAAUAAACCAUCUGACUACAACUUUUCUAGCAGCAACAGGAGGUGCAGUAGAAGCUCUUUGCGAUCACAAAGAGCUGAACAUGAAGUUGACAGCAUUCACACAUUAACGUCUUCCAAAAAUAAUGAUCCACAUUCUGAUGAGCGCCUUCCUGAACAAAAUGAAAUGAGUUCCUUGCUAUUGAAAUCCAAUAUUUCUGCAAAUAAUCCUGUGCAAGAGUACUCCGGAAGCAAUAUACAAUCUCCUGAGGCUUCUGGUUGGCAAAGUAUCCAAGACAUUGCAAAACUAAAUCAAUAUGCUGGGGAUUUGAAAGACGUUGAUGCCAUUCAAGAAGUAAUUGGUAUUGAAAAUGUGAGCAGUAUUUCCAGAGAGCGUUUGGCUGUUGACAAUAAACCAACUGAAAAGAUGAAUAAUGAGGCAGUGGUCAAACACUACGAAGAAACGGCACUUGAAAAUUCAGAUACCCCUGAAUUAGACAUCAAUGAAGAAGACUGCAUUGCACAGGGAGGGACUUAUACUCAGUCAGAUUUAAAAGCCUCUGGAUGUCAAAGUGAGAAAUGCAUAGCCAUGGAACACAAAAUUCAGUGCUCUGACAUUCCAGGAUCGAUUGUAAAAAAGAAGGAAAAUAAUUUACCACAAACACAGCCGAGUGAAACCUGCAGAGAAGCUAAUGCCGAUGAGCAAAGAUGUGCGACUGAGGUCCACGGAACAGAGCCGGGAACCUCCCACACGCUGGUGAACGGACUCCCGUUCCCCGUGGAGUAUUACGUGCGAACCACACGUGGCAUGGCCAGUCGCCGCAGUGAGGUGGAUCUGCAGGCCGUCAUUAACAACCACUUAAAAACCAGGAGUUGUGAAGGUGGUAAGGGAGCCUCAAGAGCCAGGAUAUCUCGUAGAAAAAAAAAUGCAUCGAGUCAGAGCGAAGAAAAUACGAGCCCAGAGACACAAUUACUGUUUGAGAGCUCCAAUUCGACGGCAUCAUCUGAAAAGAGUGUAUCUUGCUUACCUGUAACUAGCGAAAGUCAGCCUCAGCUGGUGGAGGUGUCUGGUCUCAAGUCUGUUAUUUUUAAUGAAGGUAUCUCGCAGACCUUCGUUGACACACCGGUGGUGGCCAGGGAAUGCCUCACGGACACCGAGGUUGAUUGCAACACUGGGGUCCUGAAACGGCGUGUACUGAGCAUCAGGCGCAGAGGGAGGGUGAAAGGGAAGCAAAAUGGAUCCAAGGUCUGUUGGCGAUACAAAUCCAUUGAAAAUUCUGGCAUCCAGAGUUUGCCAUCGUCUGUAACCGAUGAGGGUGUGGGUGCUUCGAUGUAUGAGAAUAUAACGGUGCCAUUGAAAGUACGAGACAUUACAAACGAUAUCGUGGCAUUGGGCUGUCAUGAUUUGAAUGGCAUCAGUAUUCAUAAAGAGUGUUCUGAUGUUGGACCAGAAUUAGCAACGGCAAGAGAUUCUGAAAACCAGAGCGAGGAUCUGAUCCCUGACACGCAGUGCAACAUAUGGAGCAAUGCACCCCCCUUGCGCAGCUCAUCACUGAGCACCGGAUCAGACACGCGGGAGCAACGGUCCCCAGCGGCUACAGCACAGGGACAGGAGGAGCAGGGACCCACGGAUUUUGAGGGUGCAGAUAUUUCAUCAUUUUCACAAGAGCUGACCUUUUCGCUGGGCCUGAUGCUCUCAUGCCUGCAAACAAAGUCCCGAGGUCGGCGUCGUGUCGUUGACGAGUUUUCCCUGCCCGACAACGAGUUUGCUGAGCUGAAGCGACUCCACGCUCAUACAGAACUCAACACCGGAACCUUGACCAAUCCACGAAUCACUGCUCACGAGGGUGCAGAAAAAGUAAAUGUUGGAGCUGCCUUAGGUGUUCCAUGUGAAGAGAAGUGCCAUGAAGAAAAUGACGUAGCCCCACAAGAAGAUGAAUGCUUUGAAAAAGCAAAUGCAAGCUGCCCAGAUGACAAUGUAAUGGAUAAAUCACUAAAACUUGGCUGUGGAGAUGCCAAGGCACAGUUGUCCACUACUGUCAUCCUGUCCACUCCAGUCGAGAGUGGACAUGUGCAACUCGAUGAGAUGCCUGCUUUACAUUUAUCACCACCGCGGUUGUCAGUGGGAUUUAGCCCUCUUUCACUGCCUCUGAGCCAAGUCUGUGGAUUGUCACAGACCAGUGGCUUGGUGAAACAGCUCAAUUCAGAUCCACAAUAUGCAGAUGUAAAUGGAGAGUGUGCCCCUAAUCCACAAGUAAACAAAGUUAAGGAUUUUACCCACAGCGACAUGAAUGUUGCAAGCUCCUGCAAAGGGGAGCUGCCACCGGCGGUUGCAGCUGCUACUCCAGUUUGUCACGAGGGACAGCCUCCUAUGAGAGAUGGAGCAGAAUUAUCUUCCCAGUGCUCUGGUGCUGAGCUGCAGGGUUGGGAACAUCAAGAAUUUGUGAGGCCAGAGACUGUGUUUAUUCAUCCUUCACAGCCCGACAACGCAGCAGCAGUGGUACAGAUGAGUCCACAUGAACUAAACGUGCACAGAGACCAGGCAGAGAGCUCUGUUCCGCUUGUUAGUGAUGGUGAGAACAAUCCUAUGGACGCAACCCAAGGAGCGCCCAAGCAGAAAUUUCACUGGCAGUUAGACUUGAUGGCUACGAUUCAGUGCUCAGCAAGUGGAAGCAUUGAGGCCCUGUGCAGUGCAUUCUGGGAGCUUCAAGGACACCCUUGCAGGUGCCUCAUUAUUGCUCAGAAAGGCCUUGUUUCCUUGUGGGCUGAGCACUGGGAAGAUGGACAAUGGCAAGAAAUCCAUACAUGGGUCUUGACUGAUGGAGCAGAAGUUUCCAAGUUGGUUCUCAUCCAAGACUCUCAAUCUCCACGACUGGUGGCAGUAGCUGAUAAUGUGAGGAUCUUGCAUGUGGUGGGAGGCUCGGCGGUGGUGAUCCAGCCUCUGAUUGGAGAGACCGUGGUGGCUGUGGUGGCGCUGCGGCAGCGGCGGGUGGUGUGCGCCACGCGGAGGAGGCUUAUGCAGACGCUAACGCUGCUGUCCUUUGACGAGCAAAUGGGGAGCCAUUGUGCGUCACAUCUUUCAACCCCUGAUGAUGAUAUCAUCACCCUCAGUGAUGUUUCAGGAGAGGAUGAAGCCCUGAUUGGCUCCACUGCAUCAAAGGACCUUAUUAUUUGGAACGUGAAAUCCGGGCAUAUAAUUUGUCGCAUUUCUUUGACGUUUCUUGGCCCAUGUUCAUUGUGCAGACGUGCUGUUUCUGAUUCGGGACUCCUGUUUGCCGUGCUGAGUCCAAUGGACGAGAUUUCCAAGGAAGAAGAUUGCACAGAGCCAAGCGCCUUUGAGAACGUCGCCUGCACACUCGCCGCCAUCAACCCAAGCAGCCGGCGAGCUUGCACCGCCGCGCACUACCAGCUGCCUUCAGGGCACACGGCAGGCUUUGUGUGUGGAGUUCUGGGCGGUGGCACGUUGGCUGCAGCCUUCACCUCCGGUGCCCUGGCCGUGUGGGAUACCUGCUCGGGCGAGCUCACUGCAGUGUGGGACCCCCCGGGCUCUGGGCAGCGCUGGGCCCCUCUCGACUGGGCCACGAUGUCCCACAAUCAGCCUGGGGCCUCUCCCUGUCACAUGGCACUGCUGGAAAACGUGCAGGGAUCGGUGAAGGUUUUUAAAUGUGGCCCGCUCUAAGGCUUGUGCUGCUUUAGCUGGGAAGAUGGUCCUCGCGACAGCCUCUUGCUGUGUUGUACACCUCAUGUUAUUGCGUUUUCAAAAUACUGGGCAAAAAUAAAAUAAUCACGUGUGUUUUGUUUGCCUAAGAACAAAUCACGGGAAUGUGCCUGAUCACGUCAGAUCUCGGAAGCGCUAAGCAGGAUGAGCAUGGAUAGUUAUUGUAUGGGUAACCACCAUGCGCAAACGGGCUGUCAUAGGUCUGUGAGGCUGUGUUGUGGGCGGAAGAGGGUCGUGCAUCAAAAUCCACGGUUGUUAUACUCUCCCACUACUGUUCUCCAAAGCCAACCUGCACUGACCAGCAUGGUGAAAGAUGGCCAUAUAACCCCAAUCAUCCAUAUGGCAUCGGGAGACCCUCAUCCAGAAGUGGGUUGACUGAAGGACUAUAAAUUUACGUAUGUUUUGUUCAAAAACGAAAUGCCAAUGGUGGUCACUUCAUGGUGUAUGAGCCAAUUAGCGGUAUGAUAUUGUGGGCAGCAAGCAUUGGUUGAUAAAUGUAAAUAUUUAGCGGUGUUAUUUCAUUGCUUAAAAUAUGUUGAAUGUUGAUUUGUAAAUACAGGAUUGUCAAAGCUUUGAUUGUUUAUUCUUUGGGAAACAUUGUACAAAGGCAAAUACAUGUGUUUUAAUGUUAAACUUCACCAGUUUUUACAUUUGUAUUGUGGUUACGUUGACUUAAUAAAAAGUGAUUAAAACGUU